CUUUGGGGGUGUUUUGUAUUGAUUCCUCCGCGUGUAUAAUUAUUUAAAGAAUGUAAAUCUGGUAUAGUGUUGUCUUUAUUUAUAUUAUUAUGUAGCCAUCUAUUUAAUGCUUAGUUAAAUUUUAUCGUCAAGAAAAAAUGUGCUUUCUAAAUAACAAAGUUCCCUUAUUUCAGAAAACAGAGUUUAGGAUUUCAAGUUAUGGACGGAACGGGUAAUUCUUCAGAAAUGGAUCCAGAGCAACAAGCCAACCUCGCUCAAAUGGAGCCAAUGGCAUCUUCCUAUGCUGACGGUCUCUCACCUUACGAACACAAGGGCACCUGUGGUGGCAAAGAAAUAUUUGACACUGAGGAGGAGGUUCAGAGGAAAAUCCAGAUUCUAGCCUCGUGGGUGAAACAGUCUAAGCACAUAGUUUGCCACACUGGAGCCGGAAUCAGCACUUCUGCAGGAAUUCCAGACUUUCGCGGUCCUCAAGGGGUAUGGACGCUGGAAGCGAUAGGGGAGAAGCCCAAGUUCAAUAAAUCAUUCAACGAGGUUUUGCCGACUAGCACGCACAUGGCCAUUAAAACGCUUGUGGACCACAACAUUGUCAAGUUUGUGGUUAGCCAAAAUAUAGAUGGACUGCAUCUGCGGUCUGGUCUUGGUCGUCAGCAUUUCGCAGAAUUGCAUGGGAACAUGUUCACAGAGCAGUGCGACAAGUGCAAGGGAUUAUUUUUGCGAUCAAACGCAACAACAUCAGUUGGCUGCAAGUACCUGGACAAGGACUGCCCUGGCAAGAAAGGACGACUGUGCAGAGGCAAAAUCAAGGACACAAUUCUUGACUGGGAGGACAACUUGCCAGAGGAGGAGUUGAACAUGGCAAACUGGCACUCGCAUUUGGCUGACCUGAGCAUUGCCAUGGGAACAACAAUGCAGAUAGUUCCUAGUGGAAAUUUACCCACCUUUGCGAAAAAUAGGGGUGGCAAGCUGGUCAUUUGCAAUUUGCAACCAACAAAACAUGAUAAGAAGGCUGAUCUUAUAAUUAAUACCUAUACCGACCGAGUUAUGGAUGGCCUGCUGAAGGCACUUAAACUGGAGGCCAGCAGCUACGAACCGUCGCUAGACCCAACCAAGGAGGCGGCCAACCAGAGCAUUUCCUGGGACUUCCCGAAAGAUGUUCUCAGUGCUACUAAAAGAUUGCAUUUGGACCUUUGCCACAAAGUCAGCAAAAGAACUAAAAAAGAAACUGAAAAUAAUGAACCUGCGAGGGGAGAAAAGAAAGUGAAAAAGCAUGAGGACGAUAGCUCAUUGUCAGGAGUAAUAGGCCAACAAGUGAAAGAGGAUGAAGAUGCAGUUGUCAAAGAAGAGAUUUAAGACUGCUAUCGCUUAAAACUUAAAAAUUGUGUAAACUAGCAUUUUUCAUGUCAUCGAUCUGAUAAAUUUUGUAUGUACUUGUAAAGGCCAUAUCAUGAAAUAACAAUUUUCCAUCACAAAAACUAAGGCGA